CUUCCCCGCUCGCAGCCGAGCGACGGCGGCGGGGGGAGGCGCUGGUGUCGUGUGUCCCCCCCCGCCCUUCAUCCAUCCAUCCAUCCAUCUAUCCAUCCAUCCACCCACCCACCGCCCUCCAUGGGCCGGCGCUGCCGGCGCUGAGCGGCGGGAGGCAGCGGCCGGCAGCCGCGAUGAGCGGCGGGGAGGUGGUGUGCUCGGGCUGGCUCCGAAAGUCACCGCCGGAGAAGAAGUUACGGAGAUAUGCAUGGAAGAAACGCUGGUUCGUCCUGCGCAGUGGUCGGAUGAGUGGUGACCCCGAUGUCCUGGAGUACUACAAAAAUGACCACUCCAAGAAGCCUUUGCGUGUCAUCAACCUCAACUUCUGUGAGCAAGUGGAUGCAGGCCUUACCUUCAACAAGAAGGAGCUGCAAGACAGCUACAUCUUUGACAUCAAGACCACUGACAGGACCUUCUACCUGGUGGCUGAGACCGAGGAGGACAUGAACAAGUGGGUUCGCAGCAUCUGCCAGAUCUGUGGCUUCAACCAGUCCGAGGAGAACACAGACACCCUGAGGAGCAUGGCCUCCAUGAGCCACGCACCACGGUCCUCCCCGGCAGAGCUCAGCGGUACCGGCCACCACCUGCUGCGAGAGCGCAAGUCCUCGGUGCCGUCCCACUCCAGCCAGCCCACCCUCUUCACCUUCGACUCGCCCACGGGCCACCUCCAGAGCACCCUGUCUGCCAGUGCACCCCAGGACUACCUUUUCCUCCACCAGUGUAUGAGCAGGAAGUCAGAAAACGCAAGGAGUGCCAGCUUCUCCCAAGCCACGAGAUCCGCCUUCUUCAUGCGGAGCGACACAGCAGUCCAGAAGCUCUCUCAGGGCAACGGGCACUGUGUGAACGGGGUUGGCGGGCAGCUGCACGGCUUUUACAGCCUGCCGAAACCCAGCCGGCACAACUCGGAGCUGAGGGACAGCGCCUACGACCUCCCGCGUGCCUUCGGCUCCUACGCGCACCCCAAGGCGAGCCUCACCAGCUCCGAAACGGACAACGAGGAGGUCUACACCUACAAAACUCCCAACAACACCCUGUGCAAGGAGUUCGGGGAGCUCUCCACGGACUCCUACGACAUCCCUGCCACCCCUCUCUCCAUCUACCAGAUCCCCAGGACAUUUACACUGGAUAAGAACCACAACGCUCUAGCCAUGGCCGGCAGUGACUCGCCCGCCGCGCCGCCCCCACGGCCCCCCAAACCUGGGCAGACGGAGCCACGCUGGGGUAGCCCUCCACAGAGACCCCAGCCCGGUGAAAGCUUAGGGCUGGCCCCCAUGGCAGCCACCAUUCCCCGGAGAAACACGCUGCCAGCGAUGGAGAACAGCAGGUUGCACCGAGCUUCUUCUUGUGAGACGUACGAAUACCCUCAGCACGGAGGCUCCAGCACUGUGCAGUCAGUCGAGUCGAUGAAUGACGGCUACAACUCCUACCUGCACAUCCUCCCCCAGCAAGCCAAGGCAGCGGUGGCCCGCUCCCACAGCACCGACUCCGAGGACAACUACGUCCCCAUGAACCCCGGUUCCUCGCCCCUGAUCCACGCUGAGAAAGCCAACGACAACGCCCAAAGCCUCUACAUCCCCAUGAGCCCCGGGCCACACCACUUUGACCUGGUAGGGUUGUCCUCAGCCACCCUCCCCGUGCAUAAAGGAGGAGCCAUGGGCCAGUGCCACAGACGGUUGAGUGAAAUCCAACCCCCGCCAGUCAACCGCAACCUCAAACCCGACCGGAAAGCAAAGCCAUCACCACUGGACCUGAGGAACAACACUGUCAUCGAUGAACUUCCCUUCAAAUCGCCAGUCACGAAAUCCUGGUCCAGGCCAACGCAGAGCUUCAACGCUGGCUCUCUGCAGUACUGUCGCCCUGUCUCCUCCCAGAGCAUCACCAGCACUGACUCAGGAGACAGCGAGGAGAACUACGUGGCGAUGCAAAACCCCAUUUCUGCUUCUCCUGUUCCUAGUGGCACCAACAGCCCAGCACCUAAAAAGAGUUCGGGGAGUGUGGAUUAUCUGGCCCUGGACUUCCAGCCCAGCUCACCAGGGCCACACAGAAAGCCCUCCACCUCAUCAGUCGCCUCGGAUGAGAAGGUUGACUACGUGCAAGUGGACAAGGAGAAGACCCAGGCGCUGCAGAACACCAUGCAGGAGUGGACGGACGUGCGGCAGUCCUCGGAGCCCACCAAGAGCACGAAGCCGUAGUGCCUGGGGCAGGCGGCGAGAUGGGCAAACGUCCCUGGCUUCCCCAGCCACGGCCCUGCCGGGCUCAGCUCCACUUGGGCUGGAUUUCUAAGACUUGCCUGUGGAGGGGAGGGGGUCUGCAAUGUUGGGGGUUUUUUUUAAGUCAAAAAGAGAAUUGAUUUCAGGGGAAGACUUGGAGGAUACUGUUUGCCAGUGAUAGAGACCAACGAUGUUUGGUGGCUAGUUUUGUGCUUUAGGUGCUGGAUGCACUAUCCAGGAACUUCAACUCAGCAAUACCAGAUUUCACCCUACACACCUUUUGCCUACAGCUAUUAAAGCCACCUUGUACGUGCUAACACUGCAUCAUCUUUCCCAGUCUUCUUCCAUAGCAUAACCCCAAACCCCGUCGUGCAGUUUUGCAGCAUCUCUCACAGGACAUCAUUCCCCAGCUCUGAUUCCUCAGUCCUUAGGACUGCCCUCAACUUUGCCUCCUCCCAAUCCAAAACUGACCAAGAACCAUUCCUUUUGAAAUCACUUUGGUGUCCCAUCUCUUGUAAAUAAUAUGUUCAAAACCUCUGAGGGCUGUUCUCCUCAUGGCAGGACAGCCCCGCUGGUUUUGGUUGGGGUUGUUAACCUUCAGCAGCCUGAAGAGCAUCCAGACUGUCCCAUUAUAUGCUGACUUAGAAGACCAUGCUUUUAAGUGAUGUGUGAGCAUAUGCUCACACACAUGCAUACAUGAAACAGCCGAGCUUGUUGGGGUGUCUUCUGCUGUCGAUGCAUUCCAGCAUCUCUCAAAGUCAAUAGGCUGGAGAGAUUGGCUUUGGAUGGCAGAGUUUACGCCCUGACCCACUGCCUAUCUGAAACCGAUUGCCUGUGACUCUGGCCCUGAGAACCAAAAUCUGCCCUUUGUGGAAUCAAAAGAAGCCCACAGAGUGAGAGUCCUCCAUCUGUGACCAUCAUGAGGAGCUCUGUGGUUGAGUACAAGGGAUGCAGCGAGGCUCUGGAGACCACGUGUAUCUGGACUGGUGUGAGGAUGAGUGAUAAGAAGGAAGUGGAAGGCUGUUGCAAGGACUGGGAGAAGGUGGAUACUGUACUGCAGAGGUUGGGUAAGGAGGUCUGCUGGGAUGUAUCUUGGAGGAAAGGAGUAGAGCAAUUGAAAUGUUGGUUGACGGUGAGGCUUGGGAGGAGGCUGGUCAGGAGAGUCAAUAUGAGCUUUAAUGGAGCAUUGUGGUUGGUUUGUGGUGGGUGCAAAGGGCUGGAUUAGAUAUUUUCUCCCCAUCUUCUUCGAUGAUUCUUCAGCAUAGAAAUGGGACUUGUUAAAACUAAUGACCCUCAGCUCUAAUUAUGGGUGGGAAUCUGCUGCUGCCCCUUGCCAGCAUCCUUGACACAUUGAGGCUUUUGGGAUCACUCCACAGGCAGCUGCUGGGCGCAGAGAGCCAAGAAAGAGGAGACGGAUUACUGCAGAGAUAAUAACUCAUGAUCUCAUGAAAACAGGAAGGACUAAUGAUUGCCACAGAGCAGCCUGAUUGCCAGACAGCAAGCACUGACACAGAUAAACAGGCCCACCACAAACCCAGAGCCAAACGAAGGAGACAUGAGGAAGAUUAGGUAAUAAUAUUUAUUACAUAGCUGGAGCUAUUCUUUCUGCAAGCUCAAUCCAUCUCAGCACCACAGGCUCUGUGUUCCACCAACACCAGCAAGCUGUAUUGAUUGUGGAUGCUUGAGCAGUAACACAUUUGUUUCAACAUGGUCUAAGUUUGGAAAGGUCCAGAUGUGAGCCACAUGGGAAUAGGUUACCAGCCCUUUAAAGGGCUGAGUGCUGGUACAAGAACUCUUGAACUUCCAACAAGAGUUUGUAUUUUCUCCUUGCAUGCCAUGAAAGGGAAGGAUAUUGAUGGAAAAGCUCUGGUGACCCUUUAAAGACAUUGAAGCAUUGGCUUGCUAUAGGAAUAAUAAGCAAAUAUCCCAAUGCUCAUGGUAAAAAUAAUAAUUACCUAGGAGGGGAAAAAAAGACCCCAAUGGGGAGAUGUAGCAAAGCCAGAUGUUUUCUGAAGGUCAAGGAGUGUGUUACACUGGCUCUUGUUGAGGGCUUGCACACUUGCAUGGUGAGAUAAUGAAAUGAACGCCAGAGUACAGUGCUUCAUGUUUCUACAGCCUGUUUCAUCACUGCAUCUAAGGGGAGACUAAGCAUCAGGACUGACCCAGAGCCCACUGAGGUGUGUGUUCGCACUCCUGGUACUGAGCUCCCCAACCCUACUGAAAAGCAAAUAUGUCUUGAGUGGGAAGCUGUUUUUCUCCCAUUUCAUCCUCUAAGCUGUUAGGCAGCCCCAGCAGAAGAUGAGGUUGGGGGAGAAGGGUUGUGGUGCAUGCUGGAUGUAUUUCCCUGACAACAUCAUCCUGCUCUCUUGCCCUCACACUAAAACACAGUCGGCUCUGGGGUAGAUUGCAGCAGCAAAUUUGGGAAUAGCUCCUUAUGCUGCUUUGGGUCUGUCUCAGUAAAACAGUGUAACUAUUGCCAAGAUGAAACUGAGCCCAACUCCAGGCUAGAAAAAUCUUGAACUGGACCAAAAGCCUGGAGAAAUCAAGUCAUAGCCCAUGCUCAGAUUGAAUUGUUUUCUCUACCUGGAAGAUGGGAGGAUCAACAAGUCCUAAAGUAUCCUGAAAGUGUGCAGACAAGGGAAAAGCAGCAGCAGUAGCCAUUUCUUAUGGUGCAGUGGCUUGACAGACAACACAGUGGUUUGGGAUGCAUUUUGCUGAGUCAGCACCCUGCACUGGGAUUAGGUGCAUCCAUUGCCUACUCCCACAUUGAAUCCAAAUUGUUAAUUAAGAUUGGAAAAGCCCUUUGAGGUAGUGGAGAAACUAGUUCCUUCCUCCACAUCCCACAAAAGUCUGUAUUUGGUAAGCACUGGCAUGAGAUGGCUCUUUUCCCAGGCUCAGACCCUCUCUUUUGAGCACUUGGUUUCAUGAGCAUCUUCAGUAACUGGCCCUUUGCAUAAAAAGUCUGGAAACAGAUGUUUUAUGACUGCAGGUUGCUGCUCCCUCCCUGCUUUGCAGCAAGACCUGUGUUUUCCCACAAACAGAUACAUUCCUCCAUUGUUUUCCCUGCUAAGCACCAAGUAAAUGUCCCCUCCAAACAAAGCAGCAGCCCAUAGACUCUAUGCAUGAGUCUAUCAACCUCUCCUGAAAGCCAUUAAGUAAUCAAUGGCUGCAGUGGAAAUAGUCAUUCCUGAUGCUGCUCAGCUGAUUACAGCAGUCCCUGAUGAUUAGUGUUUGUGCAGUAGUUAGUCUUAAACCAUAUUGAAAAGCAGCUGCUUUAAUUACAGGGACUGCCAAGAACUUUGUCCUGAAGGCACUGAGUUUAUCACAUCCACUCUAUACUUGGAUGCUCAAGUAUGACUGACUCCUUUGUUAGAAAUGAGUAUUUUAGGAAGCUGAGAACAUUGCCUUUUAACUGCAAUUAAAAUGGCUUGAGCCUGCUC